AGCGCCAGUGUUGUGGUUGACCACCAGUCGUCCUCUGAGUGAGCUGAGCUUGCAGUCGCCCUUCAACCACUGCACAGAGAGUGUUGUACUCGGUCAACGGAGGUUGGACUAAAGUUAAACCAUGGCGGGGACAAUUGCACGCAAAGCAAUUGACCACCUGAAGAGCAAGGAGUUCAGGGAAUAUUUGAUGAGCACGCAUUUUUGGGGUCCUGUGGCAAACUGGGGUCUUCCUAUAGCUGCCAUCACAGAUAUGAAGAAGAGCCCUGAAAUUAUCAGUGGCAGGAUGACCUUUGCUCUGUGCUGCUACUCACUGCUCUUCAUGAGGUUCGCCUACAAAGUGCAGCCACGCAACUGGCUACUGUUUGCUUGCCAUUUGACUAAUGAGUCAGCACAACUUAUCCAGGGAAGUCGUCUCAUCAAAUACAACAUGGAGAAGAAGAAGUGAUCUUAAUGGUUGAGUAAAACAGGUGCAGGAUGCUGACUGCAGGGUGGAACCAUGCUGCUUCAUCAGCUGUCUACGCUGGAACCCUUGCAUCUACUCAUCUUAUCCAACCAGUGAAACCACUGCACAUAGGCCAAUUUUUUUUUUAACCUGACGUUAACAUGAUUGAUCACCUUCACAAUGUCUUAGUCACUUUACUACAGAGACAGAAAAACUGGUGGUUUCCUGUGAUUUAAUUUUAACAUUCAACACCCAAAUGUAAUGUUGGAGAAUAUACACCCGUUGAACCAGCCUGACAGUUGGCUGCCUUGCACACAAGGUCAUAAAUUAUUUCAUAUCAUGUCAUUGGUGUAAUAUCUUUGAUUACACUGAAACCUGCGUAGAAAUCUAAAUUAAGAAUAUUUUAUUGAAAACUUAGGUUGAUGUCACUUUCUGAUGGCACGUCCACACUGUAGCAGACUCUUAUGGCUGAGCACACAGACUUCAUUCAUUAAUGUCAACAUAAACACAGAAGAACACACAUGGCUGAGCGGUCUGCUGUGUCCUGGAGCAAAAUAGAAAGUGUGUGUGUGUGUGUGUGAGGAUCCAGUAGGACUUGUUUUUAAGUGUAUGAGAACUAAUAAUAGUUCAAACAAAUGUAUAACUUGAACAAAACAAAUGUGGACAUAGUUUCAUGUGGUGAAACCUCACAUUAUAAAUCAGUAUAAAUACUUUGCAAGCUGUGACUGUUAAGGUUAAAAUCCCAUGUUACUGGGCGAGACUAGCUGCUUCUGUCAAUGCUGACCAAACAUGUUCUGUGUGUUGUCAUGUGUUCUCCACAUUAAUUUAUUGUAUCAUAUUCAAAUUAUUUUCCCUGAUUACAGUUUGAAUUCCACAGGUUUGUUAAAAUAAACUGGCUCUAACAAACUUAA